AUGGCACUGAAAGCAUCUGGAGCGUAUAGAAACUGCAAACCAUGUUCAGGAUCAUCCAACUGUAACCAGAAUAGAAACUCUGCUGAUUCGGAUGCUGCCUCAGACUCGGCAAGGUUCCAUUGUUCAUACCGUAGAACAGGAAGUUCCAACUCAACACCAAGAAUGUGGGGGAAAGAAAUGGAAGCAAGAUUGAAGGGCUUAUCAAGUGGGGAAGGGACUCCUGCAUCAGUUAGUGGACGAACAGAGUCUGUAGUUUUUAUGGAGGAGGAUGAACCCAAGGAAUGGGUUGCACAAGUGGAGCCUGGUGUUCUAAUAACUUUUGUUUCCUUGCCUCAGGGAGGAAAUGAUCUCAAGCGUAUUCGAUUCAGUUUGCUACUGGUAAUUGGAGAUGUCAGUGACAAUUGUCAUUUCUGA